AUGUCCAGCCAACGUUUGUUCGAUAGCCAAGUGAUGCUGGACAACGACUCUGUGCUGUUCGACAGCCAGGUUGAUCCAGGGACUUGGGCAGCGGGGCGCACGUUGGCUUCACCGGUUGUGCCUGCUGCUAGUUCUACUGCAGUGCACCAGACUGGCCUGAAGCGCAAGAAUGCAUGCCUGGAAUGGGAAGGCGAUUUUCCAGACACCCAGGUAGAGCUGUAUCCGCCGCCUACUAUCGUGAAUAUCAACGAGGACCCAAGCCCAAAACCGAAACCCCGCAAUGAGGUGGCUGAGAAGUCCUCAGAAAAGUCCUUGCAAGAACAGCUAGAAGCCUCCCAGUCGAAGGUGAGUGAGCUGCAGGAACUGAACAGAACUCUGCACUGCAAAGCCGCGGAGUUAGCACAGCAGCUGGUGCAAGUGAUGGAGGAAAAAAACAAUCUUCUGGCUGAGAAGCAUGCGAAGAUGAUCGCUGACUUGAGGGUGAUGCGUUCUGCCCGCGAAGAGCUUGACGAGCUUUUGGAUCUUAAUUUUGAUGACGACGACGAUCAAUGCUGA